UGUACUUCAUGGAUUGCAUCAGGUAAAAUACCUCUUUUUCCUCUCAAGUUAUAUUUCCUAACAGAAUGAAACGCAGCCGUAAAGGGAGUGAUGGUGGCAGCAGUUCUUCCUCCGAGUGUGUAGGGGAGGGGUUCAAGAAGGUGAAAGCCCUGGAGGAACCCUCAGAGAGAGCCUUUGACUGGGGAGAGCUGCCACAGGAUGUAGUCCUGCACAUCUUCAAGUACCUGCCCCUCAAGGUGGAUAGCAGUACAGAGUCAGCAGAGGAAGCUUGUGAUAUCCUGUCACAGCUCGUAAACUGCUCCCUCAAGACACUUGGAUUGAUUUCAACGGCAAGGCCAAGCUUCAUGGAAUUACCAAAGAUCAGUGACACCCCAGUGGAUGAUCCUUCUCUGAAGGUCCUUGUGGCAAAUAACAGUGACACCCUCAGACUAUUAAAAAUGAGCAGCUGCCCACGUGUCUCCCGCAGGAAUCAUGUGUGGCAGACCAGUGUCACUGCCUUUGAGAGCUCGCCCUGAACUAGUACCUGCUGAGUGAUGAGCUGCUGCUGGCCCUGUCCUCGGAGAAGCAUGUUCACCUGGAGCACCUGCACAUUUACGUGGUGAUCGAGAACCCCGGCCAGACUCACUUCCACACCAUCCAGAAGAGCAGCUGGGAUGCCCUGGUGCACCAUUCACCCAAGGUCAACCUGGUCAUGUACUUCUUCCUGUACGAGGAGGAGUUUGAUCCCUUCUUCUGCUACGAGAUCCCCGUCACGCACAUCUACUUCGGCCGUUCUGUCAGCAAGGAAGUGCUGGGCCAGGUGGGCAUGAUGUGCCCUCGCUUGGUAGAGCUGGUGGUGUGUGCCAACGGACUGUGGCCGCUGGACGAGGAGUUGAUCUGCAUCGCUGAGCGGUGCAAGCAGCUGUCCACUAUCAGGCUGGGCGAGUGCGAGGUCUCCUGCAGCGCCUUUGUGGAGUUUGUAAAGAUGUGCGGCAGCCGCCUCUUGCAGCUCUCCAUCAUGGAGGAAGUGCUCAUUCCUGACCACAGGUACAGUCUGGAGCAGAUCCACUGGGAGGUCUCCAAACACCUGGGCUGGGUCUGGUUCCCUGAUAUGAUGCCCAUAUGGUAAGACCCCCAGCUUGAAAGGAAGGAAUAUUGGAAAGACUUUCUCUGAGACUCCUAGACUGCCUCUGAACAACAAUUCGGUGCAGAGAGGACAAUCACUCAUCCACUCAGUAACAAAUAUUAGGUUGUUAUUGCAGGCUCGUACAUGUUGUGCUUUGUUAUAAGGGCCUUGUGGAUUUAUGAUAAUUGUUUUUUCUAAAUCAUAGUUUUUGUAAAAUAACAAUUAAUUGUAUAUGUAAUACAGCAGUAAAAUGGGAAUUCCCCUGUAGAGGAUGUACGUCACCCCAGCAACAGGGAUACAAUGGAAACACUAGUAUGGACAUGUAUAUUUAAUACUUUCAUGUUAGCUACACCUGGAACUGCAUUAGUUUUAUAAAAACGAAUGAGUAAAAUCGUCUAUUUUAUUUGUACAGUACAUCAAUUUCGCUAAGAUAGACUACAGUAAAACUGCUAGUUUGCACUUUGAUGGCGCAAGUCUGUGAACACGUAAACAUUUUAUAUAUAUUUGAAAAAAAAAAAAGGAAAUUAAUGAAAACAUACUCCCGGGUUAGAGAGUAUUCAGUGUCAAAUUGUGUCGACGUAAUUGUGGUAACGAACGCAUUGCUCUGUGCAGAAUCACAGCAAACUGGAAUGUGUAAUCAAUAAGGGUAGAUCUUCAAAACUACUGAAUUUAACACAACUGCAGAGGCUUUUUACAAGAGUUUAUUCCAUGUGUGUGAAUAUAGGUCAUAGUUGACUACUUUUUCACAAUACUGGGUGUAGUACCAGCAUUUUUGCCCCUUUUUUGUUUUGCUAUCUGUUGAAUUUCAUUUAAAUAUCAAACACAUCAUAUGCCUUUUCAACAUCUAAACAUCGAAAACAUGUUGUAUAAAUUGGUAAAGUAGCAUGUUUUUUCCAGGUGUAGUUUGAUAGUUCACACUGGACCCUGUAGUGUACAUGCCAGCAGCUGAGCUUUGACUGCUGAACCUGCAGAGCAUAUUUCAGUAACAACGCUGGGAAAGUUAUGCCACCAAACUGAUUUGUUUGUGAAGACAAUAGACUAAGUAGAUCGCGCUCAUGGUUUUAUGGAAGAUAUGAUGCAGAAUGAAAGCAAUGACCCAUUUGAUUCAUCAGUGUUUGAAAAAAUGAAUAGAAAUCUAUUGUUUAUUACAGAAUGUUAACAGGUGAUGACAGAAUUACUAUUAUUGAAUUACUAUUGCUGAAAGAGCGUGCUCUUUAUCUUGGCUUGUAAAAUUGCAGUACAAAGUUGCUGUUUCAAGCAUUUUUAUUUAUUUAUUUAUUUAUUUUUUAUAUAGAAGAAGUUUUAUGACAUAUGCAGUUUUAUGCAUCGCAUUCAUGAUAUAUGAAGGCCAUUAAUCGCAUCCACAUGACUAGUGGAUGGAAAAAUCCACCGGGGACAUUUUACUGGCCAACAUCGUUCCGGGGGCCGACGACGACAAAAUAAAAUGCAAAAACAAGCAACAUUUAUGAGCAGUCUCAACAGGGCCUGAAACAGUCUGCCUCAUGAGUGAAGGAAUCGCUUCUGAGAUGUGUUGGGCAUCUGCCCUCUCCACUGACUGCAUGGGCACAAACUGCACAGCCACCAGCCCUUUCUGGCAGAAUCAUACCUAUACUAGCUCCUCUUCUAUGACCGUGCUAUCAGUUGAACCAUUGGACAUCACUGACAGGAACUUUACACCUUUUAUUCUUCUUCCAGCCUCAGCAAUGUAGUCCAUAAAUACUCGUUUGUUUGUCAUUCCUAGAUUUAGCCUGGUGAGCCUUCUGUAGAAACAAUACUUCUUUCUUGAUGUUUGACUGUAUCAGCUGGUCAUGUCAGUUCAGCUUUAUUAGGCAGCAAAAAUUCAGACCAGAGCUAGGUCUAUAGAAUACAAAUAGUUACACAUGCUCAAAUGUAAAUUCAGAAUUCACUUGCUGUUUUGAUAAUAUGGUAGACACAUUUCUGUACAAUUUAGACUGUACGAUUUUUUCCAUUUAAUUUUAUUUUCAAAGGCUAUUGAAGCUAUGUAACUUAAUUAUUUAUUUUAGAAUCCUUUGCUGUAUUCUUGUGGUAUGGCUUUAUGGUUUGUUACUAUAGUAGGAACAUACUGUAUCAAUGUAAAGACUGGUUUUAUAGAAGUCUUUUUUACGACUUGCUAAUCUGUUCUGCUCUAUUUCUCAGUUGUGCAUCUGUAUAAUAAAUGGUUUAUGUAAGCCUUUCAAGUUAACUAUUCAAU